CUGGACUUCCAUAAACUCGCCGCUCGAGCUUGACCAGACGACAGAGAAGUCUAGAGAGAGAGAAGGUUGUAGAGCGAGAGAGCAAGAAACCCCACAACAUACACAUUGCUUUGCUGUGUGUAUAAUAAUAUAUACAAAUUGUAUUACCCGAUAAAUAUAUAUAUACAUAUAGAUACAAAAUUACUGCGUCAUUUCUGUGAUAGAGAGAAACUAUUCCAAAAAAGUUCACCUUUGCAUCAUCAUCAUCAUCGUCGUCAUAAUCUCUGUUGAAUACUCUUGGGUUUCUUCUUUAUCAUCGUCUUAUUAUUACCGAUCUGAGUCACCGAGCGGUGUGUGGUUUCUCCGACUCGUUCUUCUCUUUAUUGAUGAGAAGGAGAUCGAUUGGGCUUAGAAGUCAUCAUUAAUGGCUGCUCCAGUUAAUAUUAUUGUAGGGUCACACGUUUGGGUUGAAGAUCCUGCUUUAGCAUGGAUUGAUGGGGAAGUGACCCGAGUUAAUGGGCAAGAGCUUCAUGUACAUACCACAAAAGGGAAAACAAUUGUUACAAAUGUCUCUAAAGUAUUCCCUAAAGACACUGAAGCUCCACCUGGAGGUGUAGAUGACAUGACACGGCUUUCAUAUUUACAUGAACCAGGAGUGUUACAAAAUCUUGCAGCCAGAUAUGAACUUAAUGAAAUUUAUACAUAUACUGGAAACAUUCUAAUUGCUAUAAAUCCAUUUCAAAGAUUACCUCAUUUAUAUGACACACACAUGAUGGAACAAUAUAAAGGAGCAGGAUUUGGAGAACUUAGUCCCCAUGUUUUUGCAGUAGCUGAUGUUGCAUAUAGGGCUAUGAUGAAUGAAGGAAAAAGCAAUUCGAUAUUGGUCAGUGGAGAAUCUGGUGCUGGUAAAACUGAAACAACAAAGAUGCUGAUGAGAUAUCUUGCACAUUUAGGUGGUAGAUCUGGAGUUGAAGGAAGAACAGUUGAACAACAAGUCCUUGAAUCAAAUCCAGUGCUUGAAGCAUUUGGAAAUGCGAAAACUGUGAGGAACAACAACUCUAGUCGAUUUGGUAAAUUUGUAGAGAUACAGUUUGAUAAAAGUGGAAGAAUAUCAGGGGCAGCUAUUAGAACAUAUCUUCUAGAAAGAUCUCGUGUUUGUCAGAUAUCAGAUCCUGAAAGAAACUACCAUUGUUUCUAUCUUCUUUGUGCUGCACCACCUGAGGAUAGAGAGAAGUUUAAAUUGGAAAGUCCACAGUCAUAUCAUUAUUUAAACCAGUCAAAAUCAUAUGAACUUGAAGGUGUAAGUGAUGCCCAUGAGUAUCUUGCUACAAGAAGGGCAAUGGACAUUGUUGGAAUUAGUGAAGAAGAACAAGAUGCAAUUUUUAGGGUUGUAGCUGCAAUUCUUCACCUUGGUAAUGUCAAUUUUGCAAAGGGAAAGGAGAUUGAUUCUUCUGUGCUUAAAGAUGAGAAAUCUAGGUUUCAUCUCAAUGUCACAGCUGAGUUGCUUAUGUGUGAUGCUAAGAGCUUAGAGGAUGCAUUGAUUAAGCGUGUAAUGGUGACACCAGAAGAAGUGAUUACAAGAACUCUUGACCCUGAAGCUGCAUUGGGUAGUAGGGAUGCUUUAGCAAAAACAGUCUACUCUCGUUUGUUUGACUGGAUUGUGGAGAAAAUAAACAAUUCAAUUGGGCAGGAUCCGAAUUCAAAGUCACUAAUCGGUGUUCUUGAUAUAUACGGAUUCGAGAGUUUUAAACACAACAGUUUUGAGCAGUUUUGCAUCAAUUUCACAAAUGAAAAACUCCAACAACAUUUUAACCAGCACGUGUUUAAAAUGGAACAAGAGGAGUACACAAAGGAAGCGAUAAAUUGGAGCUACAUAGAGUUUGUUGACAACCAAGAUGUUUUGGAUCUUAUUGAGAAGAAACCUGGAGGAAUCAUCUCGCUUCUUGAUGAAGCCUGCAUGUUCCCGAAGUCAACUCAUGAAACUUUUGCUCAGAAGUUAUACCAAACAUUUCCAAAACACAAACGUUUCAUAAAACCGAAACUUUCACGCACUAGUUUUACAAUAGCUCAUUAUGCUGGAGAAGUGAAUUAUUUAGCUGAUCAAUUUCUAGACAAAAACAAAGAUUAUGUGGUGGCAGAGCAUCAAGAUUUAUUAACAGCCUCAAAGUGUCCUUUUGUUGUUGGUUUAUUUCCUCCACUUCCUGUUGAAUCUUCCAAAUCUUCCAAAUUUUCCUCCAUUGGGUCCCGCUUUAAGUUGCAACUUCAAUCUUUGAUGGAAACCUUGAGUACAACAGAGCCUCAUUACAUAAGAUGUGUGAAGCCAAACAAUGUUCUCAAGCCUGCAAUUUUUGAGAAUCUAAACAUUAUUCAACAAUUAAGAUGUGGUGGUGUUCUAGAAGCAAUCAGAAUCAGUUGUGCUGGUUAUCCCACCAGAAGAACAUUUGAUGAGUUUCUUCUUCGUUUUGGUGUUCUUUAUCCAGAUGUUCUUGAUGGAAAAUAUGAUGAGAAGGUUGCAUGUGAGGUGCUUCUUGAUAAAAUGGGAUUGAAAGGCUACCAGAUUGGGAAGACAAAGGUGUUUCUAAGAGCUGGACAGAUGGCAGAACUUGAUGCAAGGAGAGCAGAGGUUCUUGGAAAUGCUGCUAGAAUCAUUCAAAGACAAAUGCGUACUUAUAUUGCACGUAAAGAGUAUAUCUCAAUACGAAAAGCAGCUAUCCAGUUACAGGCUUGCUGGAGAGGUUUAUCAGCUUGCAAGCAGUUUGAGCAGUUGAGAAGGCAAGCAGCAGCAGUUAAGAUUCAGAAGAACUUCAGGUGUUUUGUUGCUAGUAAAUCAUAUCAAACACUUAGGGUUUCUGCAAUCACUUUGCAAACUGGUUUGAGAGCAAUGACUGCUAGAAACGAGUUUAGAUACCGAAAACAAACUAAAGCUGCAAUUUUCAUUCAGGCUUACUAUCGUUACUAUAGAGCAUACUCUUACUACAAGAGUCUCCAAAAGGCUGCAAUUGUUACUCAAUGUGGUUGGAGGCGAAGAGUUGCUAGAAAAGAGCUUCGAUCACUCAAAAUGGCUGCAAGGGAGACAGGGGCUCUGAAAGAGGCGAAGGACAAACUAGAGAAACGUGUGGAGGAACUUACAUGGCGUUUGCAGCUGGAGAAGCGAUUAAGGAGUGAAUUGGAAGAGACAAAAGCACAAGAAGCUGCUAAGUUGCAGGAAGCUCUACGUGUGAUGCAAAUCCAAAUUGAUGAAGCAAAUGCUAAAGUGAUUAAAGAACGUGAAGCUGCAAGAAAAGCCAUUGAAGAAGCUCCUCCAGUUGUUAAGGAGACUCCGGUUAUUAUUCAGGAUACUGAAAAGGUUGACUCGUUGACCGCUGAGGUGGAAAGUUUGAAGUCUUUGUUGCUGAAUCAAAAACAAGAGACAGAAGAGGCUAAAAAGUCUUUGAUAGAAGCUGAUGCCAAAAAUGCAGAUUUAUUGAAGAAAUUCGAAGAAGCUGAAAAAAGAGCAUAUCAGCUUCAAGAAUCUACUCAAAGGCUUGAAGAAAAGCUCUCAAAUAUGGAAUCUGAGAAUCAAGUACUUCGCCAGCAAGCACUCACCAUGUCACCUACCGGAAAGUCCAUGUCAGCAAGGCCAAGAACCAUGAUUAUCCAGAGAACACCUGAAAAUGGGAACAUUCAUAAUGGAGAAUCAAGGAUUACUACACCUGAUACGGCACUUGCAUUAUCAAAUUCAAGAGAGCCAGAGUCUGAAGAGAAACCACAAAAGUCUCUUAAUGAAAAACAACAAGAGAAUCAAGAUCUACUUAUCAAAUGCAUCACACAAGAUCUAGGAUUCUCAAGUGGGAAACCAGUUGCUGCAUGUUUAAUCUACAAAAGCUUACUCCAUUGGAGAUCAUUUGAAGUUGAAAGAACCACUGUCUUUGACCGAAUCAUCCAAACCAUUGCUUCAGCUAUAGAGGUCCACGAUAGUAACGAUGUGCUAGGUUACUGGCUAUGUAACACAUCCACAUUGUUAACACUUCUUCAACACACCCUCAAAGCAAGUGGGGCUGCAAGUAUGACCCCACAAAGGCGUAGGACAUCAUCCGCUUCACUUUUUGGAAGAAUGUCACAAGGACUACGCGCAUCUCCACAAACCACUGGGCUUUCGUUUUUGAACGGUCGGGUUCUUGGUAAGCUGGAUGACUUGCGCCAGGUGGAAGCAAAAUAUCCGGCUUUGUUAUUUAAACAGCAACUCACUGCUUUCCUUGAAAAGAUAUAUGGAAUGAUACGUGAUAAUUUGAAAAAAGAAAUAUCUCCAUUGCUUGGAUUAUGUAUCCAGGCUCCAAGGACAUCACGUGCAAGUUUAGUUAAAGGGAGGUCACAAGCUAAUGCAGUUGCUCAACAAGCAUUGAUUGCUCAUUGGCAGAGUAUUGUUAAAAGCCUUGAUAGUUAUUUGAAGACAAUGAAAGCUAACUUUGUACCUCCGUUUUUGGUGCGCAAAGUAUUCACACAGAUAUUCUCGUUCAUUAACGUUCAGCUAUUCAACAGUCUUUUGUUGAGACGUGAGUGCUGCUCGUUUAGUAAUGGUGAAUAUGUGAAGUCAGGAUUGGCUGAAUUAGAACAAUGGUGUUGUUAUGCAACUGAGGAAUAUGCGGGGACCGCAUGGGAUGAGUUGAAGCAUAUCAGACAAGCAGUUGGAUUCUUGGUUAUACAUCAAAAGCCCAAGAAGACUUUGAAUGAAAUUACCAAUGAACUUUGUCCUGUGCUUAGCAUACAACAGCUAUACAGAAUCAGCACCAUGUAUUGGGAUGACAAAUACGGGACCCACAGUGUUUCAUCAGAAGUCAUUUCAAAUAUGAGAGUCAUGAUGACAGAGGACUCAAACAACGCAGUUAGCAGCUCGUUCUUGUUAGAUGACGACUCCAGCAUACCAUUCUCUGUGGAUGACAUCUCAAAGUCUAUGCCACAAGUAGACAUGGGGGAGAUUGAACCUCCACCUUUGAUACGUGAAAAUUCAGGUUUUGUGUUUUUACACCAAAGGGCAGAAUGAUUGAUGUCUGAAGAGUAUAGGAUAUCUCUAUUCAGACAUGUGUAUACAGAAUUACAGUCCAUCUUUUUUUUUUUUUUUUUUUUUUGGUGUGUUGAUACUAUUUUUUUGUUGUAAUUCCCGGGCAGUUUGGGUUUUUUAUUAUUAGUGU